AUGGUCAACCUUCUUCUCCCUCCCUCUUCUCCUCACAGCCUCACAACUCUCACCUUAACCUCCACCAUCCCCCUUCAACAUCGCACAUUCCCCAACACCCCCAGCCCCAGCGGGGCACAUACACUCCUCUCCUCCAUUACAGACGUGGGAAUUGGCGCUGACUGCUCUGCAAAGUCUGGGUCGUGGUAUAGUGUCUAUGAUGGUGUGACGUGGACGAGGGCAAGCGAUGUGGACAUUGACCAUGUCGUGCCGUUGAGUAAUGCGUGGAAGAGCGGGGCGGAUAAAUGGACAACAGAUACGCGAAGGAGCUUCGCGAAUGACUUGGAGAAUCCGCAGUUGGUGGCUGAUACUGAUAAUGUUAAUCAGGACAAGAGUGACUCGGGUCCUGAGAAAUGGAAACCCCCGCUUGCAUCCUACCACUGUGAGUACGCCUGCAUGUGGGUAAAAGUCAAAUUCGUCUAUGAUCUGACGGUCACCCGGCACCAAGAAAUCUGCGUUAACUGA